GGCCCCGUCCCCGCUGCCCCACAUGGAGAGCUGGGCCCACAAUGGCACAGAGGCGCAGCCUGUGGGUUCCCCCUUCACUGAGACUGACUCAGAGGGGGCCCGAGCGCCCCUGGGCCAUGGGCUGGCCAGGGGCAGGAAGCCGGUGGCCCAGUGGACAGUGCCCGAGGUGUGCGCUUGGCUGAGCAGCAGGGCAUUGGGGGCACAGGGCCCACUGGUGCAGGCGGCACGUAGCCACGCCAUCUCGGGGAGGGCACUGCUGAGGCUGACGGAGGGGACGCUGCAGAGGAUGGGAGUUGUGCCCGGGUGCCAGUGCCGGCAGGUCCUGCAGGAGGUGCUGCAGCUGCGCAUACAGCAGGAGGUGCAGGAGCUCCUGGACUUCGCUGAUGGUCAAAAGGCUGCUGGAAAUGUAUAAAAACCCAGGGACAGGAUCCUUCUUCAUCUCAGAUUUGCUUUGGGUUUCAAGACGGGGAAACCCUAGGCCAUAAAAAUGGAGAUUCCCCAGUCAUUGACUGGAGUCACCCUGACUAUGGACAUUGGACAAUAACCUAUGGACUAUUUCAAAAAGGACUUUUGGCAACUACAAACUCACCAUCUCUGCUAGGUAUUUGGACCUCAAGAAACUGAACUCGAGUCUGUAUGUAAAUUGAUCUUUCAACCAACUCUCCCUCUUUUCUUUUUUAAUAAAUUUUAGUUAACAAGGAUUGGCUAUAAGCAUGUAUUUUGAGUAAGAUCUAAGUUAUAAUUGUACCUGGGUGUGUGGCUGAUCCUUUGGGGUUGGGAGAACCUUUUCUUUUAUACAAUGAGAUAAGAUUUUCAGUAACCAUCAUCAUAUCUGACGUGUGUCUGGAG